UGCGCAUCUCAUCCCGCGUGUAAUGGACGUCCUCGAAAUCAGAGCGGCCGAGCUCUCGCUUUUUUCGACGAUGAAAAUGCUGCCGCUCCGCUUUGAGGCGAACAAGCAACUGCAACUGCAACUAUUCAGCGCGACGCUGCCCUCUGCAGGCGUAUGGACGAGCCUCGCGGGCUGAGAAAUUUCCUCCUUCGGCACGGACAAGCGGGGCUAUAUUACGGGAUGACGACCGCAGCAGCUCGGAUGCACCGCCGUCGUGCUCGGGGCUGCUGUUUUACUCUUUCAAUUGCUUAUGCUUACGGCUUCUUACAGCUGCACUUCGCGCGCCCCAGCAGUUCAGCUCCGUAUUCCCUUUUACGCGCGGCGUUGUUCUUCGAGUGUCCGAUAAUCAUGCUUUAUGCGCGAGAUAAAAAAGAGCUGGAAAACGAGCCAGUCCGAGCGACCUGCUGUGCAUCAAGUAUAUGAUGCGGACGAAUACGAGUAACAGAAGCGCCGAGUACAGCACGAGCCCGCGAAAUUUAUGCUAAUUGCCCGAGCGUUUGACCGGCGCGCCGCGCUAAUUAAGGCUGCCCGCCUAUAUUUAUAUCCGCAUCCCCCGGCGCCGCGGUUAUCUUUUCGCCCGCCGCGGCCGGCCCCCGCUAACGGCGCUUGAAUUAACGCGCGCCUAUUUCAAAAUUCAUUACGGCGCGGGGCACGCAUAGACGGUUCAUCCUGCGAAAUACGUGCACGCGUACGCGCAACGAAUUCGCUAAUCAAUUACACGCGUCGUUAUGCGAGUUCGAGUCGCGAAAAAGUGUCCCCGCGUCCAGCAAUUAGCGCGGGACGUGUACGCGCGUAAGGCAGCGGGCGGCCUGCAAAUUUUUACACGGAAUUCGCGUUAGCGGAUUUCAGCGCGCUCUUCUAUUUCGUUAUGCGCCUCUCAGUCUCGCGCGCGCGUCGCGCCCGGCCAGAGAACACUCGCGCGUAUAGGGUAUGCGCGGCGCUGGCAGAACAAGGCAAUUUACGAGAGCAGCUAAUUACAUAAGGCGCGCGCGAAGAAUAAUUUCACUCGGAUUUUCCAGCCAGCGCGCCAGUUGAUAAGAUUUAUUAAACUCUCGGCUUUUUCCUUUUUGAUACGCGGCUCUGCAGGCGGCCGGGCUCACGUUUACGGCAGCCGCGGCAUUUUUCCGAGCUUUCGCCUCCGCUCGAUCUCCGCCGGCGAACUCAUCAGCGGCCGCGGGCGCCUGGAAUUUUUACUGCGUAGCCCGACUGCGCGGCCGAUCGAUCGCGCGCCGCCGCGUAUUUUUACGCGCCCGAAAAGUUGCGACGCUCCGGCGAUUCGGCGGCGCGCGCGAAAUGCCCCCCCCCCCCUCCUCUAUGUACACGGGAAUUCGUUUAGGCUUCAAGUGCGCGCGACGUUUAUACGAUCGCGACAAAGAGCCGCUACGGGAGGGGGUGCAACUUGCGUCAGGAAGGCCAUUAGUCGUUUUCGCGCGCUAUAGCUCCGACGUCGGUUAAAAGUUUCGCGAUAUAUCCGUCAAUCUCACUGCCGGCGCUGUCUCUCCUUUUCUCGGUUGCCGCCUUCACCUGCUGCCUCGUGCAUCCGAGGGCUUGGAUUUUCGUCGCGCGAUUAAAUGGCCUUUCAACUGGAUCGCCGUCCCGAUCGAGGCCCGCAGCGAACCCUUUGCGCUCGUACGUCGUCCAAUUCGGAAAAUGCGGAACAUACCUCCUGGCCGGAAAAACGGGAAAAAACAACGCGGCCAAUGAAAGAAACUCGCGCGGAAGAGGCAAAAGAAACGCGCUCCAGCGGUGCAUAAAAACAAACGGGUAGAAAUAAAUUAAUCGAUCAAUGAAUCGAGCCUUUGCGAGUCUGCGCAGAGGGGACAGGCCACGGCGAGCGAAAAUUGGAAAAGCGACAUGGACUCGACAAUUAUACCGCGUGCUAUUGUAGAUGUACAACGGCGAGACAGAAAAGGGGGAAUUCCGCAGGGACGGAAGUACAUCCUUCCCCCGGCGGGACUCGCUCGCGCGCGCGCUCACGCACACACGGGCGGAGCGUCCAACCUGUCUCUCUCUCUCUCUCUCUCUCUCUCUCUCUCUCUCUCUCCUGAGCGAGCGUUGGGUUCCCCCAUGAGAACGUCGCCGCCGUCGGCUCUCGGUGCGCGAGGCCCGGGAGGAUGUGGUUACCUUUCCCUUUCUCCUCGCGCGCUCUUUCGGCGUCGAAUCGGGGCCUGCACUCUUUGCACUUUCCGAUAGUGGAUCGAGAUGGACAACGUUCGGCACCCGCGAGCUCGCUCCCUCGGCGAAGACCGGGCGUUCGCGGAGCAUUCUUAUAGAGCCUCCCUGCCAGAACAAACACAAAGGAUGGCGAGGAGCGCGGAAAAAGAGAGGGAAGGGAGGGGCGAGGGCAAGGGAGAGAAAGACGCUAGCGGCGAAUAUGUAAAAAUAUGCGGCGGUCGUGGAGAGGAGCCGAGCGACGGCGCGCCGGGAGGGGGAAGACGCACGCCAGCGGAGAUCGGUCAACUGUGCGAGCGUGCGGCACAUUAGCCAGUCCGAUACGUGUGACCGAGCCGCGCUGCAGGCGCGAGCACUCACCUACGCGCGCAGUCCGAGCCUCGCGAUCCCUUUUUAUUCGGCGCGAUCGCAGCAGCAGCAGCAGCAGCAGCAGCAGCAGCAGCAGCAGCAGCAGCAGCAGCAGCACACCUCGGCGGUCCCUUCCCACGGACACAAGUGCAGCUUGAAGCGUGGCUAAUGCGGGCCACUCCCGCGAGCGCCGGCGCAUCUCGUGCUGGCCUUCUUCCACGACUGACCGCGAGUGCCGCGGACGAGGCGCGACGAUGGUGGUGAGCAAGGGCAAGCGCCCGAGCCUGCAGUGGGCGCAGGAGGCGCACAUCAACUGGGAGCUGAACGAGCGCAUCAGCCUGAGCAGCGGCGCGGGCUCCUGCGCGUCCGGCCGCUCCCGCUCCCGCUCCUGCCUGGAGCCGAGGAGCGACGCCGAGGAGCCGGGCGGCCCGGUGCAGCGCAGGUGGAACGCGGCCCAGUCCCGGCUGGAGCGCACCAACGAGGCCCUGGCCAACCGGCUCUCCCUCAUCGAGGAGCUCAACCGCAAGAUCCUGCUGAACUGCGAGCGCAGGCAGCGCGAGUCCGCCCACAGGAGUCGCCGCCGCCGGCAGCUGGAGCCUCCUCGGGAGCCCCGGCGCCCGGACCCGAGUCCCUCGGACAGGAGCGAGUGCACGCUGCAGCGGAGCGGCCGGCGCAGCCCCGAGGAGGACGCCCAGGAGAGGAGCGUCCUGCGGGAGCUCAACGAGGCGAUCGACCGCUUCGAGCUCGACGGCUCCAAGGCGGCGAGCUGCCACGACUCCUCCUGGGACUCGGGCGUCGGCGCCGAGGCGGCCCCCGGCCCGGCCAGCGGCACCGGCUGGCUGCGCGUCCACACGGGGCUCGAGAGCAGCCUCGUCUACCUGAGCCUCGAGACCAGCGCGGCCGACCUCUGUCGGGAUCUCCUCCUGGCCGACAACCUCGCGCUCUUCGUGCAGUACGGAGGCGAGCCAGGCAGCAGAUUGUCACCGGGCGAGCGACCGUUGGAGCUGCAGGAGCAGCUGCUGCUGAGACUGGGCUACCGGGAGACGGCCAGGCGGACCCGCCUCGGCCUCGACCAGGAGCUCCGGCAUCUCAUCGCAUUUCACGUGGGACCCGCAGCGCCACUGGACGAGCUUCGGGGCUACAGCAGAUGCGGCUACGCCCUGGUAUUAAAGGGAUUAGUUUUUCCGCAAUGGAAAAAGCGAGCGCUCGCCGUCGUCGGCUCGCGGCUCUUCCUUUAUCCCGCCUGCUCGGAGUCUCAGCCCGAGUGGAUGGAGCUGUCCGCCGGAGGUUCGGUCUGCUGCGCCCCUGCGAGGCUGGGGAAGCUCGUGCUCAGGGUGACCGGGUUCCCGGCCAGGAUGGCCGGCCCGCAGCAGGCGAGGCAUCUCUACCUGGGCUUCCAGCACCCCUGGGACCGGGAUCUCUGGCGCCGCUGGCUCAAGCAGGCCUGCAGCAAGAGCGCGGAGCAGCCGGGCAAAUUGGACAUGAGCGAAUGCGGAGUGGCGCGGCUGCCCGAGGCGGUGCGCGCCUACGCCGGCGUGCGCCACUUCUUUCUGGGUCACAACCAACUGGAGCCCCUCGACGGCAACCUCAAGCUGCUGCUCAGCCUGCCGGAACUGGAGGAGCUGCACCUGGAGAACAAUCGGCUGGGCGAGCUGCCCGGCCAACUGCUGGCCCUCGGCAAGCUCACCUUCCUCGACCUCUCGGACAACGGGAUCCAGCGGCUGCCGGCGGACGUCGCCUCGCUUGCCAGCCUGAGAGAGCUGAUACUCGAUCGCAAUGACAUCAAGGAACUGCCGGACGAAAUCGGGGAGCUGCGCCAAUUACAGCACAUCUCGCUCGCGGGAAACUUGAUCGAGAUCCUGCCCGGCUUCCUCCUCGAGAUGCGCACCCUCGGCUUGAGCGAGGCGAGCGGCGCGGAGGCUGCUGCCAAAGCCACCGCCGAGGAAAGGAGCAAUUUGCAGGACAACGGCGCCAGCGCCGGGAGCAGCAGUCUCUACAAAGUCAAUUUGCGAAACAACCAGCUCAAAGGGAACAUCAUUCUCGGCAACUACGGGCGCCUGACGCAUCUCGAUCUCAGCGAGAACAGCAUCGAGAAGCUCGACCUGAGUGCCCUCCAGGAGCUGCGGAGCGUUAGGUGCGCCAGGAACGAGUUGACCGAGUUGACUCUCUGCGGCCGCAGCCUGGUCUCGCUCAUUGCCGGAAACAACAAGCUGAAAAGAUUGAGCAUUGUCCCGGCCCCGGUGAACCUCGAGCACCUCGACGUUUCCUACAACGAGCUGGACAGCCUGCCGGAGUGGACGCCGGACCUGCCGGUGCUGCGGGCCCUGUUCGCCUCGCACAACGCCCUGACCGGGCUGCCCGAGCGGCUCCUGUCUCAGCCGGCGGCGUCGCGGCUCGAGGUCCUCCACUUGCCGCACAACCGGCUGCAGGCGCUGCCCCCGCCCAGGCGGCAGCUCGGCCUCGUCCACCUCACGCUCCAGGGCAACGCCCUCACCGCCCUGCCCGUCAACUUCUUCGCCAACACCCUCAAGAUGAAGGUCCUGAAUCUCUCCAACAAUCGAUUAUCCGAGCUGCCCCACAACUAUGCGGAGGAGCCCAGGGCCCGCAGCGAUAGGCAGGAGCCCGCAGCCUUGGAGAAGCUCUAUCUGACGGGCAACUCCUUGACGAAUACCGCCCUCGACGCCCUCGCGAAAUUCGCCGCGCUCAGGGUGCUGCACCUCGCCUACAACGCGCUGGACACGCUGCCCGAGAGCUGCGUGGCCCAGUGGACGGAGCUGGAGGAGCUGGUGCUGUCGGGGAACAAGCUCCAGUACCUGCCCGACAACGUGGCGAAUCUGGCGCACCUGCGAGUCCUCAGGGUUCACUCCAAUCGACUACUGACUUGCCCGGGCUUCAACAAAACUUCCUCCCUAAAGGUCCUCGAUCUCGCGCACAACCACCUGGAUCGGCUGAAUCUCGACAACCUUCUCUCGGCCCAGCUCCAGUUCCUGGACAUCUCGUGCAAUUCGCGGCUCCACCUGGACCCCCGGCAGUUGCAGUCGUACAACAGUUCGCGCAGGCCUCUCUCGCUGGUCGACGUCUCGGGCCAGAGCAGGUCGCCGGGCUGCCUCCAGCCGCAGCCCCAGCCACCGCAGCAGCAGCAGCAGCAACGCAACGAGCGAGAGUUGCACCUUCCCUGGAGGCUGGGCUUCUCCGAGACGGCUGGCACCCGCGAGAGACUUCUAGUGAGCCAGGUGCGCAUGCCGGCCUUCUGCAACGCGGAGGGCCUCUUCGGCCUCUUCGACGGCGGCUCGAACCAGGAGCCGCCCAGCUCGCUCCAGGAGAUGAUCCCCCGACUCCUGCUGGAGGAGCGGACCGUCAAGGAGACCAGGAGCGAGUACCUGCGCUACACCCUGCUCUCGGCGCACCGGGAGCUGCGCGAGCGGGGCCAGAAGUACGGCGUCGACGCGGCCCUCGUCCACAUCAGCAGGCUGCCAGGCGGCCCCGGGGACGACGCCGAGGCGGAGCGGCCGCGCUUCCUGCUGACGGCGGCGAGCUGCGGCGAGGCCCGGGCCGUGCUCUGCCGGGCCUCGGGCCCGCUGCAGCUGGCCAAGGGGGCCAGCGCUUCGCAGUACCUGCCGCGGCUCCAGGCGGCCUUAGCCCAGCAGCAGCAGCAGCAAGGACGGCAGCAGACUCGGCGACUCCUGCCGAUCGCGCUACCGGAACCCACCAGUCAGGAGGUGAUCCUCGAGGAGGACGACGAGUUCGUGAUAAUCGGCAACCGGCGGCUCUGGGAGGUGCUCAGCAUCCAGGAGGCCGUGCGCGAGGCCCGGGCCGAGGCCAACCCGGUGCUCGCGGCCAAGCGGCUGCAGGACCUCGGCCAGGCCUACGGCGCCGAGGACAACCUCAGCGUGAUGGUCGUGCGGCUGUCGAGCCCGGGCGCGGCCGACGAGCCGCUCAGCCGACUGCUGAUGCGCGAGCUGCGACAGGCCGUCCACUCGAAGGCCCUCGGCCGGCCGCAGCAGGGAGCCGGAUGCACGUGUCCGUGCUGCAUGCCGAGGCCGUCGCCGCGCGGGACGCCCGCGGCCUGCUGCUGUCACGCGGCCGCAGCCAGCGAGGCCGGCUUCUACCUCGGCGGCCUGCCGGGCGACGUCGCGAGCGCGAGCGGGCUCCAAUGUCAUUGCAGCUCGAGCGCGAAAUCCAGCCGCAGCAGCCAGCGAGCCUCGGCGAGGGAGGCCCGACCGCAGCGCGAGGAGCGCAGCUCGCCGAGCGGCCAGUCCGACCAGGCGAGCGAGGCCGGCCUCUUCGAGCCCCGCUCGAGGCGCCGGGCCUCGGGCAGCCGCUUCUGCUCCGCGAGCGCCAGCGCCUGCAAGGCCCGGCAGCAGCAGCAGCAGCAGCAGCAGCAGCAGCAGCACGAGAGGACGCCGCCGCCCAGCGACGAGCAGCUGCGCUGCUGGGAGUACAUGCUCGAGCAGAACACGCAGCUGCUGUUCGACAAGGAGCUGGACACCCUGACGAGCGUGCCCAGGAGCGGCAGCUCCGGCCUGCGCCGAGCCGGUCAGUCCCGCUCGACGCCCCAGCUGGGCGCCAGCAGCUCCGGCCUGCCCUUCCUCUCGCGGCGCUUCGGCAGCGCCCGGUCCUUCGACAACAGCAGCGCGGCCAACAGCGCGGCCAACAGCGCGGCCAACAGCCCGGCGGUCCAGCAGCCGGUGCCCUUGCUCCGCUCGGCCUUCGGGGGCAGCGGCCGACGCCUGCUCAACGGCGGACCCAACGCGGCCUACUUCGGCAGCCUGCAGCGCCUCAUGCCCUACAACCUCGAGUACGACUUUGCCGUCAUCCAGGAGAGGGCCGCCCUCGACUCGCUCGAGCAGGACGCCUCCAGGAUGCAGCAGUACUGGGGUGUCGCCACGACCGAGCUCUGAUGCGCCAUGGCUCUCUGCGCGGCGGCUGCCUGGCGGGACAGUAUGCUCGAUCCACACAUCGCCGAAAAUCAUCGAAAUCAUUGGCCGUACUCGUUAUAACUUGCGGCUUCCUCCUUAUCGAUCGGUUCGAAGAACGCGGGGGCCAUCAGCUACACUGAUCCACGUCCGAUAAGAGUUAAUUAAUAUUUAUACUCCUAGAAUGGGAGAAUAGAAGAAGCUCUGCGCGUGUGUACCAGGGAAUGUAAAUUUUGUACAAACCAAUCAAAUUAAAUUAAUGAAAUAAAUGAACGUUUUCCCAACAA